UAUGCUGCUGGGUGGAUAGAGGAACGGGGGUUCAAAAACUUGCCCCAUUGUUCAACUGCCGCACUGGGAGAUCGAAUAGUGCCGACGACCUCUGAAUUAAUUAAUUCAGUGUGCCAACCAUUACAUCAUGGCAGCAUCUGAGUUUAAUCAAUGAGACAUUAAAGACUCUUUUUUUUGUAAUCGACACGAGUGUUUUUAACCUUCACCAGUGUUCGCUUGUACCAUUUAGGCAAUACAUUUUGUGUAAUUUGCUAGACUUAAAGCAAGUACAAUUGGUUUUCUGUGGACAGAACAUCUCAAUUAUUAGGAUUAAUUCUGGAUUGCCUUGAGUUAAUAUGGUUAGUUCUUUGUCUGUUUUUCCAGAGAUGCUUUAUGUGUUUUGGACUUGGUUCCACCUCCCUGAGGCAGAUUUCGAAAGCAGGGAUACAUUACGUGCAAGUGUUUUGCAGCUUUGUAAGCCAGCUGCAUGCAUGUGAAUAGCCCUGUUUUCAUCAGACGCAAAAAAAAACUUAAGACGUCACGCAACGUUUUCAGAAGAUUAAUGUUCGAGCUCAGUAAAAUAUAAUAAUAUUUUUUCUAUUCAUAAAGUGCCUUUCAUCAAUGAUUUCAAAGCACCGUACAAGACACAGCAGACACUAAGCAAAAAAAUAUAAAAAUAACUAAUUAAUCUAAAAACUAAGAAACAACAAAAUAAUAAAGUAUAUACUAAAUGCCAAAUGUCGUUUGCUAUCGCUAGGUUAAUGUUUAUCAACGCAUAUCUCUGAAAAAUGUAAAAAUGAGCUUCACAGCAGACAUUUGAUGGUUCAUUAGGCAAGAGGCAACUGCACUGCAGCUCGGAUUUUUGGUCAUGCAUUAUUUAUUUUAAAAAAUAACAUUUUAUUAAUUAUUUAAGCCAUGCAAAUCGCGGCCCUUACUAUGCGAACGUGAUAUCCUCAAGCGCACCUUGGUCAUAUGUAUCCAUAAAAUAAGUGUAUUAUUAAAUAUUCAUUAUAUGUGCCUUCCAAUUUGACAACAAAUGUUAAACACCGUUGCAAUGAAAAACAACACAUUUCCUCAUUAGUCCAAUGUGAGCAAUAUAAUUUCAAAAUUUCCAAUCUUUAAGGCAUUCUUGGUAGCAAUCACAUAUUAUUCAUGUAUGGAUGUUGUAAUAGGAUGCUGUCUACUUUUUUUUUAAAUCGCAGCUGAUCUGAACCGCAAAGGGUUACAGAGAAACGACCUUUCAGAUGAUUGGCUAAGGCUCCCCCAUGCCAGACUUUACCCGCGUGGAGAUGCCGUGCGAACGCCGGUACGCGCGCACACGCGAUGUCAUUCGCGCGUGCCACACACGAAGCCACUCCGCUGGAGGCCGAGAGUGGGAGACGUGUCGCAAGCGGGGAGCGCACGAAAGCAAGAUAAAAAAACACACAGCAAUGGGGCAGAGAACGUGUGGGAUUGUGCCUCUUCGUCUGACUGUGGAGCUGCCUGCGUCUUCAACUGCGUCGUCAUUCGCCAAAUAUUUUGGCAGCUCUAAGUAUUUUUUUUAGUGGCUGCUGAAAAGUCCUACGAAUUCUAGAACGUCCCUUGUGUUCGGCCGACUGAAUACAUUUUUUUUCCCAAGAAGAAGUUUAUACGAGUUCGUGCUAUAGCCUUUGAGUCGAGUGCGAACGAGAAAUUUUGUUAUAUUUUUUAAAACAUAUUUUGCAGGCACCUCCCGUGGACUUUUGGAAUAUUAUUCGCAACAUUGUGCGGAUGCCGGGCGCUGUGCAUUCGCCCUGCUCUUGAGGCUGAGUACUGUACUGCGAUGUUUUUGCCAGACUUUUCCGAUGUUAUCCUGGAUCGUAACUAGUCAUUGCAUGGUGACUAAUCUGCGUGUAUCGUCAAUGUUAAGUGCAUGUAUUAUUUAUUCAAGGACAAAUUGAACGUCGUCUGUUAUGUUUUGCAUCCAAAUAGAUCGUAAAGUCAAUGUGGUUGUUAUGGAUUACUUCUCGUUGUAACGAUAUAUAUAUUUUUAAAAUAUAUCUAUUGUUCAUUAUUUUAGUUUUUAGUCAAGCUUUAUUGAAGAUAACAUGUUCUGCCUUUAAUACUUGCUGCAGUCUUGUUUUGUUAUGUAAUGUAAUAAUUGUGUCAUGAGAGGAGAAAUCGGACACUGUUCAGAGAACAAGAGGCGUGCAUGCAAAUUAAUCGGUGUUAUUCAAAUCUGUGAACGAGAGCAUUCGGGCACUCUAAAUCAGGCAGUUUUUAUUUCAGACAAAUACUGUACACCAUAUUUAUAUUUCAGUCAAUGCGGUGUGCAGCAAAUAUAGCACGUAGGUUGGCAGUAAGUAGGGUGAGCGAUUACAUCAUUUCUGUUUUUGCACGUCAGUGUGUCUCUGUGUUCAUGCGCUCUUCUGCCUCUUGGGGAGCGGGAGAGUGGAUUGAUGCAGCCCCGUGUGUGCCUCGUCCUUUCCCAGCAAAGACGGAGGUGGUAGGCGGGGGGGGGGGGGUGUUGCGUUAGUCUCUGAGCUCUCUUCUCUGCCUGUGGAGAUGGAGGUGAAUUCAAUUCCCGCUCAUGGGAGAGUCUGAAAAAAUGAUCGACUGCGGUUGUUACACAGAAGCGCCGCAUUGGCGCGCAUGACCCGUUUUAACGAGAGCCACGUAAUUUUCCACAUUUGAAGCCAGAGUUAAAUGAAAGAGGGGAUGGAAAGAUAGGGAAGGUGAUAAAAGCUCUUCGAAAAGUCACUGCUAACAGCCACCGUUAAAGGCAUAAUGUGCCCUCAGCCAUAACGUCACAGUCUCAGGCAGUCACUUUGGAUAUGGAUGGAUAUCAAUCCAAUGGAUGUCUUCACUUUGAGAAAACUGUAUCGUGUGGUGAUUUUUCUCUUCAGGGUUUCCAUUUAUCCUAUUGCCUCUCGAGCGCGGCCGUGUAUUUCUCCAGGGCUCUUUGCACGUGUCGGUCUGGUGAUGCACAGUUUGGGCACGCCUCAGUCCCAUUGAUGUAGAGCUCCAUAGACCAGGCAGAGCAGCCUUUUGGUGGUGUGUUUCAAAUAAUUUAUACAAAUCAUGGCCUACUUCCAUUAUCAUUUGUGCUCUAAAAAAGCCACUUCUCGCGUGUAAAUGUUGCCCGGCAGUAAAAAUUUGAUUAAACGGAAGCUGGAGAAGUGACACUGCAGAUAGAGGGUGCGAGUAGGCGAUUGCAAAAGAUCUUUCUGGGUGAACUCGGCGAGGGGGGAUGCGGUCUUCGUUUGCUGCGGCCAGAGUUUUUUCGAAGCUGUCGUGCAGCUCUGAGUAUGGCCUCUAGCCCCGCUGAUGAACAGCCUUCGGACACCGAUGAGCUCCCCACAGUUCCCCCUGCUGAGUCCCCGGCCGACCCCGCCGAUCCGGCCGAUCCAGCCGGUUCCAAUAAUGAAGCAAAUGAGCAGAACAACCUGGUCGAAAUUUGCAGAGAGCAGGAUGGCAACAACACAGAAGCUGGUGAGACGACGACGACGACGACGAGGAAGACGACGACAAAAUCUGAAUGCCCCGCCAGCGAAUGGGUCCUCCGUCCGCCGCGUGGCCCAAAGACUGCCCACGCCGCGUUUGUCGGUCGUGCCAAGAUCCAUGGCGUUCGCCACUUCCUGUGGCCCCGGCACGCUGUCACCCGUCGGAUCCUCUGGCUCCUGGCCUUCAUGGCUGCCCUGGGCCUUCUCCUCGCCUGGUCGGCUGACCGCAUCCAGCACCUACUAUCGAGGCCUGCGCACACCAGGGUGAGCACGUCUUGGGUGCGUGGUCUUCCCUUCCCGGCCGUCACCUUCUGCAACAACAACCCCGUUCGCUUUCCUCGGCUCACCAAAUCGGACCUUUAUGUGGCCGGCAUGUGGCUGGGCCUGCUCACUCACGCUGAGUCUCAACAGCCACAAGCAACCUUUGCGGCGACAGCCGCGAACCUCACGGCGAACCCCCACAUGAUGGCCGGUCUCUCAGAGCCGAGGCGGCAGUGGUUUCAGCGGAUGUCUGACUUCUCGCGGUUUCUACCACCCCGCGAGGCCCCCGGCAUAAGCCAAGGCCUUCUGGACCGCCUGGGACAUUCGCUCGAUGAGAUGGUGCUGUCGUGUCGCUUCUGCGGCCAGGAUUGCAAACCGCAAGAUUUCAUCACCGUGUACACCCGCUAUGGGAAGUGCUAUACGUUCAACUCGGGCAAGGGCGGGCGGCCGCUGCUGACAACGGUGAAAGGCGGCAUGGGGAACGGCCUGGAGAUCAUGCUGGACAUCCAGCAGGAAGAGUACCUUCCUGUGUGGGGCGAAAACGACGAGACUUCGUUUGAGGCCGGGAUUAAGGUGCAGAUCCACAGCCAGGACGAGCCUCCGCUCAUCGACCAACUGGGCUUUGGCGUCUCGCCAGGCUUCCAGACGUUCGUGUCGUGCCAAGAGCAGCGGCUGAUUUAUCUUCCGCCGCCGUGGGGCGACUGUAAGAGCACGCCCAUCUCCUCGGACUUCUUCGAGACGUACAGCAUCACAGCGUGUCGCAUCGACUGCGAGACGCGAUACCUGGUCGAAAAUUGCAAUUGUCGUAUGGUGCACAUGCCCGGAGAUGCCCCCUACUGUACCCCGGAGCAGUACACGGAAUGUGCCCGCCCUGUACUAGACGUCUUGGUGAAGAGGGACAAUGACUUCUGUUUGUGCGAGACGCCAUGCAACAUGACACGCUACGGGAAGGAACUCUCCAUGGUCAAGAUUCCAAGCAAGGCCUCGGCCAAAUACCUGGCCAAGAAGUACAACAAGACAGAGGCGUACAUCGCGGAAAAUGUGUUGGUGCUGGAUAUCUUCUUCGAAGCCUUGAACUAUGAGACGAUUGAGCAGAAAAAGGCUUAUGAGGUGGCUGGACUGCUCGGGGACAUCGGAGGACAGAUGGGCCUGUUUAUUGGGGCCAGCAUUCUGACCAUCCUGGAGAUAUUUGAUUACGUGUAUGAGUUGAUCAGAGACAAAAUCCUCUUCUACUUUCGAGCCAAGAAGAAGCAAAAGACUGAAAGCAAAGACACCUCCCUGCCCAUGACGGGCCCAUGCGAGGCACUGCGUGGCCACAGUGAGAGUGCCGGCUACGCGGCCAGCAUGCUGCCACCUCCGCACCACCACCACCAGCACCACGCCUUGCACCACCACGCCGGCGGCCGGCCCGGCUACGAGGACUUCACCUGCUAGGCGUGGGCCUCGCUCUCUCGCUCCGACGCACGCUCCGCCUCGCCCCACCUGAGCGUGGCUGGCACAGCUCCUGGUGGGGCGUGGGGGGUAAAAUGCUGCGAGGGGUUGGCGCCUGAAGACAGCGGGAGAAGCGAGGGAGGUGCAGCACAGGCGGUGUGGUGGAACGGGCUGCCCGCAAGUCGCUUAAAUGAAUGGCUGCCAACAGGCUUUAUAAGUUCACAAUGUGGCCAUGUUCAGCGGUGGCUGCUGCGAAUAUAGGGCAGAGUGGUUGGGGAGUGUGGAGGGGGGGGGCAAAUUCUGUGUAAAAAUGUAAUUGACGUUUGCCCCAAUUGUAAUCACGUAAACCAUCACUGUUCCACGUGCCAUGUCGGAAAGCCACCUCUGUAGAGGAUAACCCGUGGUGAUAAAGGUUUACCCCAUUUUAUUUUUUUCGCAUUUGGGUACAGUCCACUAAUUCUGUAUGGAGUAGCACAAACGUGCUGCGCUACUGUUAAGUGCGCAGUUAGCGUUGAAGGGACGUUUGUCGUUUUCUACUCCAACAAACUCCAACUCUGCCCAUAGCUUGCGAGGAUCAAACAACCACCGUGGCUCUGUACAAAAUAUAACAUGGCACUGCGCAUGAUGUCCCCAACCACUCCGACCGCCCUCCCUGCGUGCUGAAUUAGCCAAGGACAAUCUUUUGUCAACAGCACCUCAUAUUGUCUUCUCAAGUCUCGCUCGUGCGUACGGAGUGAGUAAUCUCCAUGCGUCAUCUGUCAUCUCACUGAACCGCAGGGACUUUGCCUGGUUAGACUUGACAUUGAACAAAAAAUACAAUGUAUUGAAGUUCUCGCCAAGGUAAUCCUCUUAUAUUUGUUUUUUUAUAUCUUAUCACAAGCAUAAGAUUGCAAAGCUGAUUAGAUUACAUUUUAAGUGGUACCUCUUGCAAAUCUUACAAUUUGUGAAAAGAAAAUGGCACUCGUGUGCCAUUCAUUUUUGUAUUUAUUUGCAAUGCUUAUAGUUUCAAUUUUUCGAAGAAAAAACAUGUUAAUAACAGUCGCAUCCUUCUAUUUUACUUGCACACGUAUCACUUUCUUCUCAAUUGUUGCGCGUAACGUUAUGUAAUUUUCUGCGACACCGUUGUGUAAAAAAAACCAUCGUAACCACUGCCUCACAAAUGUACGCUUCUGCAGUGCAUUCCACAGUGAGACAAAACACAAACUAUCUUCGUGGCACGGGCGUAUCCUUAAUUACAGCAACGUCUCUUAACGAGCCAGCGGCACGGCGAUGGAGAGUCGCUCCCUACGCACAAUGUACACAUGGGCAAGGGGGAGGGGAGGGGGUGUGACUAGGGUUGCCACCUGGAAGGUACAAAAAACGAGAUAUAUCAACGGUAAGAAUAAUAUCUAGAAUACCAGGAGAGGGGAGAACUAUUAUUACGCUGCGGACAAAAUACAGGGAGGGAUAUUCGUGUCCUGAUUAUUUUCUGGACGGAAAAAUCAUGUUCGUGGUUAAACCAGGACAGGUGGGAACCCUCGGGGUGGCUCUUGCGGGCCAUGCGGCUGUAUCCGUGCGCAUCCCAGAUGGUUCGUCGCUGCAUGGUUCAUGUUUUUGGGUGCCAAGGCAGAGCCGCCACCGCCGGCGCCGGCCUGAAUCGCGAUGGAAUUGUCGCAUCGGCCCUGGUUUGCUCAAGUCUGCCUUGCAUUUCGUGAAAUGUGUGUGCCAUGAUUUGAGCCGUGCAGUGUACAGCGAAACAACUUGCAGAGAAAAAAAAAACCCCGAUGAAACCAUCUUGCCGCGAAGUAACAUGGCCUCACCUUUAUUUUGAAGAAAGCUGUGAAAAUGUCCCGUUAAACUUGUUUUAACUGUAUAAUAUUUUGUUGUAUAUUAACUAUUUAGCCGCUGUGAACUAAAUUACGCAAAGUAUGCAGCGCAUUCAAAUGUGUGAGAGAGCAGAGUAAUGUUUUUUUUUGCAUGAAAGAUUGCUGUUGUUUGAAGGGAUACCAUUGAGAUUUACUCUGAAAAGUUAACAAAGUAUACAUUAAAUUUCGAUUUAAA